AUGAGCCUAAAAUAAGAUAAUAUUGCAAAAGUUAUUGUGGUAGGAAUGAGUGGCACCGGCAAAACAUCAGUUAUUAAGCGCUAUACAUGGAAUUAAUUUGAUAUUUAUGAGUAAACAACUAUUGGGAUGCAGAAUAACUUCAAAGAAGUUUAGCAUACAAUGAGAAGAAAAGUUUAACUAAGAAUAUGGGAUAUCGCAGGUUAAGAUAAAUAUAAAAGUAUGACAAAAAAUUUUGUCAGAAAUUCAUCUGGAUGCAUCAUAGUUUGUGAUACUUAAAGAGAAGAUAGCUUAAAAGAAUCUAUAAUAUGGAAAAAUUUAGUCUAGUAAGAGUCAGAGCUUGGUGAUAAGUUACCAGUUGUAUUAGCCCAAAACAAAUAUGACCUUCUACCAGAUAGUGUUAAAAGCAGUAAAUAAGAUGAUUUAUUUGGGACUGAAGACUUUUUAAAUAAUUUUGCAGAAAAAAACAACUUUAACUCAUGCAUUUAAGUUUCAGCUAAAGACGGCUAUUAAGUAGAAGAGCUCUUUAGCAUUCUAAUUGAUAAUAUACUUUAGUAACAAAACGAUGUAGAUAUUGGUCCUACUGAAAAAAAUGAAGAUAGUAUUUCAUUAAGUUACUAUGAAAGCUAAAUCACUAAAGCCCCUUCUAUUUAUCAUCAUAAAAAGAAAAAGUGUUGUUGA